CUGUCUUGUGACCAAUUGCGGCCAGAAUUAUUACCUGAGGUAAUUUCCAGUUGUUUAGAAUAUUCAUGGUAAUUUUCAUUUUGUCACAAGUGCUGGUGAGAGAAUCAUGAAAACGAAGUUGAAUUUUCUAAAAUUAUGUCCUUUUCGACAAUAUUAUACAAGACAAAGCGAUCAAUCUGACGGUGUUCAGGGAACAAUCAUCAGAGUCUCGCCAGACGACGACCCCAUAAGUCCAACGGAGGGGGCAGAAUUUUUCGCAUCGAAUCAGCAGCUUCUUGCCAGGAGGAACACCAGAGAAUACGUCGUUUGUGAAAAUAGGAAAAUCAUGUUGAAGCAUCCUGGUAUAACGAAAAAGCAGAUGAAAGAGUUUCGAGAAGCUUUUCGUCUUUUUGAUAAAGAUGGGGACGGUUGUAUAACGAAGGAAGAACUAGGGAGGGUGAUGAGAUCUCUUGGACAGUUCGCAAGAAGCGAGGAAUUGCAACAAAUGCUUCAAGAAAUUGACGUUGAUGGUGAUGGUAACGUCAGUUUUGAGGAAUUCGUUGACAUUGCCUGGACAGCUGCUGGAUCUAUACCGGAAGAAGAAGAAGAAGAAAAGGAGCUUCGUGAUGCAUUCAGAGUUUUUGAUAAGCACAAUAGAGGAUACAUUACCGCCUCAGACCUGAGGGCAGUGCUUCAGUGCUUGGGAGAAGAUUUGUCGGAAGAAGAAAUCGAAGACAUGAUCAAAGAAGUCGAUGUCGAUGGCGAUGGAAGAAUAGAUUUCUAUGAAUUCGUGAAUGCACUUGGUGAACCUGGCAACGAAGACAGCGUCGAUGAUGACGACGAAGAAACUAUUGGUGCAUAACUAGCAUCCUUGCAUGGAAUUUAUUAUGGUCGAAAUAUAAUAUCACUUAUGAAUAUCAGUGUUUUAAUGCACAACUAUUUUCAUUAUUGAAACUCUCGUCCUAUCUAUUAUUCUUGGAAUUGAAAAAUGAAUUUAAGAGAUUUUGAAUUUACGAAUUAUACAACGUACCUAUACAAGAUGUGUUAAUUAAAAAAGUUGUAUCCGGA